CGGAAUUGUCUAGAAAUAGAGACUGAGAGGUCAUCUGCCUCGUGGAAGCAAUCGCAAAUCUGAAGAAGCGCUUUGUAAUCCAGGUUGUAGUCGUUUGGAAACCCUGUGCAGAAUGUCCUGGAGAUGGCUGUACUUUGGAGUAAAUGCUGGGCAAGAAACUUACUUACUUACUCACUUACUUACUUACUUAGUCAGUCAGACAAAGAGCGGUGAAACGUCGAAAUAGUGCAAUUUUUAAAAUGAAAAUAUUCAUUCAUUAAAAUGUUUAUGGAUUAUGAAAUGAGAGAUACAAAGAGAGAAAAGGCUAAAUAAACUAUCUGUUCAGCCAGUUUCUUGAUGUGGCCUUUCCCUGCAGAGAUAGAACAGUUUGAACAUGAGUCAAAUAUUGCUAAACAUGGGCAAACCCACUGCCAAUCCUAUGUAAAACCCACUGGUUUUACUAAAAUCUUUGGGCACUUUUCUUGGUUUUCAGACAGUCAAAAGUGGGCGUGGCGGAAAUGGGCGUGGUGACUGCUAAAACUGGCUGGCUAUUAUCUCUACUAAUGUAACAUUGUGACAAUAUAUUAUACUAUUGAACUACUUGAUGUAAUGAGUGUUCUGGGCAUGUCACGUAUGAUUGAAAGUGAUAGAAAGAGUUGAGUUUGUUACAGUGGAGGUCCUGCCGAGAUCCAAGAGCAUCGUGGACCGAUCGGCGUGCUGAUUGUCAAGAACAGACCAGAGAGUAGCUGAGGUAUAUCCUUGGUAUUCUCAAACGUUUUCAGCAAGGAGAACAGAAUUUAGAGACCACGUGGUCAUGUCCGGAAGAGAGACACGGCUACCUCUUAACUCAAAGAGACUGACGGGGAGAGCUACCAAAAGGAUUGCUACAGAGUUGGGGCUCCCCACCACAGCUUCCACUGCCGAGGUGCUACAGAUGAUAGACGCAAAACUGUCUGAUGGGGGUAGAGAGCCUUCGAACGUACAAGUACUGAUGGACGGAGACACAGCUGGAUCUUCUAUGGCUCUGAUGGACGAAACGGGAAUCUUUUUAGAGAUUCCAGAAGAAGAAGAAACUCCUGCGAUGGACCAGGAAGCGGCAGAGGACCCUGAGAACGUAACCGAGUCUGAAGGGGAACUGGAAAAGGAACUAACAGCAGUACAACAGGAGGUUGAAGCCCUCCAGGAGGAGUUGACUGCAGCAAAAGAAAGAGUACAUUCCCUCGAGGGGGAGGUAAGUAGUUACCAGGCAAAGCUUGGUGAUGAAAAGAUCAGAUAUAAGCAAUUGUGGAAAAUUAAUUGUGAUAGUGCUAUGCAAUAUGAUGUGUUUUUGUGUGAAAAAGAUGAAGAAAUAUGUGAAUUAAAACAACGCUUGGCCGAAAUGACUUCCACACGGGAAGCAGGGUACCCUGCGCUUCGCCCACGAGCGAGGGCCAGUAGGUCAGACAGCAUUGAAUCGCACACCAGCUCGCCUAUGAGAUCGAGAAUUGUGGACCCUAGAACAAAGACCGUACUCCCGAGAAAGGGGAAAGCCCCUCCAGUCGAGACAUUCCAGGGGGAUAGUAGGGGCGUCAAAUUCAAAGACUGGUUGCCAUCGUUUGAGAGGGCGGCAGACUGGAACGGAUGGUCAGACCAAGAUCGGCUAUUGCAACUGGCAGGCCACCUACGUGGGCGGGCUCUACAAGAAUGGGGCCUGUUACAAGCAAUCGAGAAGCAGACCAUGGAUGCAGCGGUGGAGAAUCUCCAGAGCCGGUUAGACCCUGGAAGCAGAAUGCUGGGAGCACUGGAAUUUAAACACAUGUCCCAGAUGCCCAGAGAGGGCGUGGGUGAGUUCAUUACCCGUCUAGAAAAGGCAUUCAGAGAGGCCUAUGGUAGGGAACCACUCUCUAAAGAGACCAGAGAUGCCCUUCUGUAUGCCCAACUACAAGACAGUUUGAGGUAUGAGUUAGUUCAGGCCCCAGCCGUCUCAGGAGCCCUGGCCUAUGAGCAACUAUGCAUUGCAGCAAAAGGGGAAGAGAGACGUCUGAUGGCCUUAAAGAAGAGGCAAGAGCUAGAGAGUGGCAGGAGUCCACCCGCGUAUAAACCGACAUUUCAGUCUAAUAGAUAUACAAGAGAGAGCUCAGGUACAGAUAAUUCAGGCCGGAAAGUGUGCUACGUGUGUAGGCAGCCUGGGCACUUUAGCCGGGAUUGCCGUCAGAGGAAGACAGAGAGCUCCGGAGGUCAUAAGUGGAAAAACCCCGAAACCAGACAAGUACAAACCCAGCCUGAGGCGUCAGUUGCAGAGAAUCCAAUAGACUACUUAGUGUCCUCAGAUGACGAUGACCAGUCUAGUGUGCAGACAGUGAGAGUACGAGAUACAGGGAGCAAAGUGAUGUAUGCUAAUGUUGAUCUACAUGGUGUACCAGUGAAAGGAGUCAUAAGACAGUGGAGCCAACAUUACUAUUCUGGGCGGGGAUCUGUUUAAAACAGUGGCCACAGUAGCCAAACUGAAAAAGAAGAACUUUCGGAAAGCCGACAAAACACCUCGCACCUAUGACCAACGACCAUUCGUG